AUGGAGGCACUGGAAGUCCUCCUGACGGACCGCGCGCAGACAGUGACCACCGCGCACCAGGCCUUUGCUGCCCAGAGAGCUCCGGAAGAUGCAGCGGAGUGUUGCAUUUUUCUUCAGACGUUGGCUUGCAAUGCAGCUACAGGCAACCAGGUCCAAUACGAAUGGUGUUGGAGCUUGGACGAUGCUCGGUUUCCGAGCUUCGAGGAACAGCGGUAUGCACAGCUGCUGAACCAAGCGGUUCCGAAGAUGAUCCUGGGUCGCUGGCCUUCUGGGUUUUUGCGAUUUCUGGCCGAGACGCUGCGGAGUGUCUGGAGUCGCCCCUUGUUCGCGCCGGCCCCGAACGUGGUGGUCCCGGGCUGGCUCAGACUCAGUCUUUGCAAACGACGGAGGUGCACUUCGUCCCCAAUCAUCGCCAUCAGUGAUGCGACCGCCAAAAAGGUUUUUUCGCAGCUUUGCCCUGUCAUAAAUUUCGUGGCUCAGGGCCUGUCGCGAAGUGCAGAAGACCAGGUACCACUUGGCACGCCGUGCUCAGCGGUCACGCGUUCGCAGCUCUACGUCAAACGUACAGAGGCUCACGAGUACGACGCCAGCUCGGCGCGAUCGCGUGUAAGGGAGGCAAUGCUGGAGGUGUUGGACGUGGCAGAUAGAACUCGGCAAGUACUUGGCCUGAUGAAGAUCUUGCACACAUCGCAUCGUACGCAGGCUGUGCUGGAAAGUGCCCAGCUGCAAGAGCAUGAGCCAGCGGCGGCCGCUCGUGGGGCAUUGGAAUCGGUCGUUUUGCCGACCGCCGCAUCGAUGCUGGUCAAUCGAUCGUUGCGAGACCUGGUCCUGUCACCGCAAUCACUCUGGCCUGCAGUUCAGUUGUGUACGGCACUGGUUCAGGCUGUACAAGGUGAACAAGAUGGUCAAGGACUGCCAGGGUCCGGGUUUUCAGCUCUACGGGGAUGUCCGCACGAGUCGGAAGUGGAUCACAUAUGCAAGGAAUUGCAGGACUGCUGCCCAGCCAUCUUCUCUCAGGUCGAUCUCAAGCGUUGCGUCAGAGACGCUGACGGGCAGCCUAGAUCUAUGGAGACUCGCUCCGUGCUAAGAAGGUACGCAGACUCCCUGCCCUCGGCAACCACUUCUUUGGAGUGGCAUCUCCUAUGUCGAGGAAUCCGGGCUUUAGCCUCAGAGGCGCCGGCCAUGGCUGCCGAGCUUUGUGCGGAACGGGUGUGCAAACUGUCGUCCCGGGUGGAUGAAGAGUGCUGCCGUGGUCUCAUCUCCUCGCUGUUGGAUGCAAUGAGCCUGGAAAAUCCAGAAGCGGCAGCUGAAGCACUGGAGAGUUUCCUAAGAAGGACCCGUGCAGUCAAUCACUGGAACGCAGUCUGUGACACGGAGCCCGUCUCUCAUCACAUCGUAUUCGAUCAUCUGCUGAGCGUGCCGCGGCUGCACGGCCUCUUGGAGGCGAUCCUGAGCACGGAUGCCACCAACAUUAAGGCAUUGCUGCAGCGGCGCUCCGCAAACAGCCGAGUGGCAUCAGAGCUUCUGUUGAGAUACUUCCAUCAGCGCCGGGGCCACGAGCGGCACGAGCGCCCUGUGUGGGCGCAGCUGCAGCGUUUGGUGGAGGCUCCCGAGCAGUUCUACAGCUUGAAAGACCGCAUCAGAUAUCUGCACCUCGCGCAGGAACAGCGGAAAAAUGCGAGCUCUGCUUCUUUGCAAGACGAGCUUGCGUUGAGGCUGAGGGCGGCUGAAAAGCUUCAGCUGCCCUUGCUCCAGGAGUUGCUUGACAUCGCUGGAAACGAGGACCUAGAUACCAGGUGGCGGGAGGCUGCCCACAAGCGCUGUGCGGAAUUGCAGCAGCUGCGGAGCGCUCGUGAGCUCUAUGAGGUGGCUGGGGAAUUCGGUCUUUGGCACCUGCAACUGGGCAUUGCUGGCUUUUCAGGUGUGAAAAUGGCCCAUGAUGUGGCGACAACAUUGUGGGCCGGCUUGCUUUUUCCGCCGCCUGACGGGCCCUACAGCUCCCACAGCGACGAGGUGGAUGCGGCUGCAACGCCCAAGUUGCUCUUCCCCUUGCUGCUGCGGCCACGACAGCUUCUUUUGGAGAAGCAGGAUCAAGCCGAGCCUUUGAAGCCGUCGCUUCUCCGCGAUCGAGUGCUGUCGUUCCUUCAAGAGCUCAGGGAGGUGGCUCCUGCCAGCCAUCAGCUGUGGCAUGUGCGGGGAAUUGCAACCCUCCUGGAGUUCAGCAGUUGCUUGUGGCUAAAUGCUUUGCAGAAGUUGAAGAUGGAUGAAGCCGAACCCUCGGAGAGCGGAGCUGAUGGAGCUGCUGGCUCGCCACUGAUCGAUGAGAGUCGGCUGUGGGUGGCCUUGGAGGUUCUGAUGCAGAAGCCCUUCUCCUUUUCCCUCCCGGACCUGGUCACCUUUUAUGCAGACAUGAUAGCGCAGCUUGAUGCCUGGCACGCAGACUUGCAGGAGACAUCUGCCUAUUCACGCGCCAGAAAAUGGGCCUGGCCUGGCCAGGAGGAUGUUCAUCUGCAUCUCUCCCAUGUCGCGAUCGUACUGCUUGCCAGCUGGCUCCGCGAGGCUGAAAGGGCCUGCGAUAGCAUCUCAGAGACCCGAGCGGAAGCUGAAAGCGAUUUCGUCAGAGUGUGGCGCCGCUCAGCGGAUGGCCUACUCUCAGGGCUCUGCCUUCGCCUCAAUCAUACGCGUCACCUCUCUGCCCGACGUUUGCUGGGAGAGGCCUUGCGGUUGGAGAAGAGCUGCCGCAUGCUCUUGGAUCGCGUGGUAUACUUGGGUCCUGAGACGCACUUCGCCGGAGAAGUGCAGCGUGCGAUGUGA